UCAUCAACAUCAUCAUCAUCAUUAUUAUGUUCUAUUUUUCUUUUCUUUUAUACAAGGUUCGCACGGAUUUUGGAGAAAUUUCUGGCCUUUUGGAAAGAACAAAUACACCGUAUCGUCAAAUGCAUCCCUUCCUGGCUCACAACAGGAAUCAUCCUCUAUGACACCCAGAACUAAUGUGACAUCCAGAGAAAAUGCUGGCAUUAAAAUAAAACUAAAGACUGAUUCAAUUUCUAAUGCAUCUGUUGAUGUCAUCGUUAACAGCACCAAUAAACAGCUCCAGCUUCACAAAGGGUCUAUCUCCAAAUCUAUUCUCAAUGUUGCUGGUGCCCAGAUACAAAGUGAAUGUAACCAGAAAUAUCCUCAAGGUAUUUCUACAUCUGAAAUAGCCAUCACUAAAGGAUACAACCUCAAAUGUGACAAUGUAUUUCAUCUGGCAUUACCUGACUGGGAUGAAAAUUCUUCUCAUUCAAUUCUGGCAAACUUGACUCAAAUAAUAACCAUUUGUCUGGAAAAAGCUGAGAAAUUGGGUGCAAAAAGCCUUGCAUUUCCUAUAUUAGGUGCUGGGAUAUUGAAGUACCCCAUUGUAAACCUACCCAAAACUAUGUAUGAAGCAGUGAAAAGCUACUCAAAUCAAAAUUCAAACCGGAUCAAAGAUGUUUACUUUGUGGUUUAUCCUCAAGACACAGAAAUUCUGAAGAAAUUUGAAGAAUAUUUCCAACAAAUGCCAGCAGAUGGUUCAGAUGGUUCACAUGUAUCAUCAGAUGAUGAAGAUAUAGAUGAUGAAGAUGAUGAAGAUAAAGAAAUAGAAUAUGAUGUCUCUGCUGGUCAAAAAGACGUUGGUGUCACAUUGAAAUUCUUUGCUAAAUACCAAAAUCUUGACAAUGCUAUAGAAACUGUUAAAAAAGAGUACGAUUCUCUAUUAACAACUCAGCAAAUACCAUUUGAUGAUGUGGACUUGACAGAAUCUCGAAAGCUGCGUUUAAGGGAUAUUAGUAGAACACAUAAAAUCCAGAUUUCUGUCAGUGACACAAUUACAAUUUAUGGCAGACAAUCUCAUGUAAAAGAUGCUGAACCCUCUGUCCAAUCAUUAUAAAGGAAUUCAAAGAAACUGAUGACGAGACUCUUAUUAAGGAAAUGGUACAAUGGUCUUACUUUGAAGAAAGUUUUCCAAAAAACCUAAGAAUGUUUAGUGACAAAGAAAAUGCCAAGCUUGAGAGAGCAUACUCACUGAAAAAGAAAUUCAUUAAUUGGAACAAAAUAAAAUACGAUUUUCAGAAAAUGAGUUUUCAAUCCGGAGGGAGGGAAUUUAAAAUGAAGAGAAAACAGAACCAAAAGGAAGAGUCGGUCCCUGAUACAUGGUCACCAAUGGGAGACAAGGAAUUAGUUAAAAUUGUUCAAGUCACAAAUGGACCAGAAUAUGACGACAUCCAGGCCACUUUCCGUCGGAAUUUGCCUUCCUAUCGUAUAAUCAAAAUUGAGAGAAUUCAAAAUAAAACAUUGUACCAGGGAUACCAAGCAUUGAAAAGAAAGUUUGAGGUAGAAAAUCCAAAGAUUACAAAUGAAGUUGAUGGCCUUUGGCAUGGUACUGCUGAAGGAGCUGUUGAGGGAAUAAAUAAAUCAGGAUUCAACCGUAGCUAUUGUGGUAAAAAUGCCACAGCAUUUGGUGAAGGUGUUUAUUUUGCCAAAGACAUAAAAUAUUCUGCAAAUGAUACCUAUUCUACUCCUGACCAUCACGGAACAAAGAGAAUAUACCAAUGCAGUGUUCUUGUGGGAAAAGUGAUGCAAGGACAACACGGAUUAAAAUUUUUACAGGAAUCUUACAAUUCUGCUGUUGAUAAUAUUCAAACACCCAGUAUUUAUGUUAUUUUCCAUGACUCUCAAGCAUAUCCUAAAUAUUUGAUUACAUUCUCUAAUCAGUGAAUAUAAUUGGAAUUCAUAAAACACAUAUAAUGUGAACAGGAAUAUAUUUAACAGAAGAAAGACAAAGAAAAUACAGGAAAUUCUCUAAUUCUAGGUGCAAUCCCAGGGUCUUUUGUAAGAAUAAAACUAUUCAAUAGAAUAUUUUUCUAUCAUUCACA